GUUAUGGAUGCCCGUAACCGAACUUCAAACGGGUAUACUUACACCAAACCUAACCCAUUUAUUUGACCCGUCCACUCCACAGCCUCUCUCUGUCUGAACUACGAAGCUUCACCCAGGCAAGGAGCGUAGUUAGGAAACUAGACGAAGAAGAGACAAUGGGGCUUCCAGAUGGUUCUGGGGAUUUGCUGUCCGAAAUGGACGGGGAUGCUUUCAGACGUCUAUUUCCUCUUCAGUUUUAUGAGAGCCAUUUUGUUAAAUCUACACGCCCUGAUGGCAGGUCACUAACCGAAGCUAGAGAGACUUCUUCAGCCCUUGGUGCAGUUGCAUCCGCUGAUGGGUCAGCAUUAGUAAAGAUUGGUUCAACUACAAUGCUGGCUGCAAUAAAAAUGGAAGUCAUGACCCCUCCAACAGAGUCACCAGAUGAAGGCUGCAUAGCAAUUGAUUUCCACAUGCCUCCAAUUUGUUCUCCAACUGUUAGGCCUGGCAGGCCUGCUGAUGCAGCACCGGUUGUGUCGAAGCAGCUAUCUGACACUAUUUUAAGUUCUGGCUUGAUUAAUUUGAAGGAGCUAUCCUUAAUCAGUGGAAAAGCUGCUUGGAUGGCCUACUUGGACAUAUAUUGUUUGGAUGCUGAUGGUGCUCUUUUCGAUGCAGCUUUGCUGUCAGCAGUUGCUGCCUUUUCUCACUUGCAGAUUCCGGUAGUUUCGAUGAAUGAUGAAGGAAAAGUAGUAGUUAUGUCUGAGGAGCAAGGUGGGAAGGAGGCAGUCAAUAACGGGAAGAGGAAACUCACACUAAGCAGUAUUCCUUUUUCAUUGACGUGCAUACUUCAUAAGAAAUACAUCUUGGCUGACCCUACAGCAGAGGAAGAGUCCAUCAUGGAAACUCUUGUAACUGUGGUUUUGGAUUCAUCCGGUCAACUUGUGUCUCUUUACAAGCCCGGUGGACCAGUUCUUGCCUAUACCUCAGCUAUCCAGGACUGUGUUGCACUGACUAGACAAAGAGCGAGGGAGCUUCAGGCGAUUUUAGAUGAAGCCAUCUCUGGUAUGGAGGUUGAUUAGUUUUGUCCUUCAUCGCCUAAGGGGUUUGUGUUAUUGAUUUGCAAAUUCAUCCUAUCUUCAUUUUGUGUUGGCAUUGUGUUACCCUAGCGAAAGGUUUCUAAAAGGUAGAAUCGUUAGUCAAUUUUGGUUAUUUUAUUAGUCGAACGGCUCUUCAUUUUUAGUUAUAUACCUCCGAAAUUUUAAUUUUUGCA